UGGGUUUACUCAAGGCUACUAAUGGUUUAGCUUAUUUGCAAUCCGAAUACUAUGGUAUAAAAGCUGAUGGAUUUUCAACAAUUAACAUCACAAUUCGUUUACCUCUUCAUUCGUUAAGAAGUCCAAAAAUCCAAAACUAUCAAAAUGUUCAAAUUGUUCUCAGUCUGCUUCUUGGCUCUCUUCGCUGUUGCUUUCGGUGCUGCUAAACCCGGUCUCUUGGCUGCUCCAUUGGCUUACUCUGCCCCAUUGGCAUACUCCGCUCCAUUGGCUGCUGCCCCUCUUGCUCAUGCUUAUGCCGCUCCAGUCGCUGCUGCUUACUCCGCUCCUCUGGCCUACACCGCCGGAUAUGCUGGUUACGUCGCACCCUACGCCAGCAGCUACAAUGCUCACUCGAUCGCCCACUCUGCCGCUUUCCCAGCUGCCUAUGCUGCUCCAGUAGUUGCCGCCCCAGCCCCAGUGGUCGCUGCCGCCCCAGCAGUCGCUGUAUUGAAGAAAUAGAGGACCAGUGACAAACUUUGUAUGAAUGGUAAUGGAAUGAACUGACCUAAUGCGAGUUGUAAUGAAAUAAAUAUGAAAAUCGAUAAAUACUAAA